CCGUGUCAAUGUGGCAAUUGGACUUUUAAAUAACAUUUUAACUCGUUCAGAUGUGAUAACCACAAUGUCGGACAUUUCGAACCGCAACCAAAAGCCGUCAGGCAGCGCGGUGGAUGAGACGAUGCUGCGGCUCUUCAGACCUGGAGCUGCAGGUGUAUCCGGCCAGAGCGGGUCCUCUCGGGCUAAUGGGAACCAAGCAAAUCAACCUCGAUUUCAAACACAACAGUACUUCGGCGGAUGGGCUUCCAGCAGGUCGAGGAGAAGGCCUAAAUCCCAGCACCAUCCCAGUUUCAACAAAGAUGUCAUCCUGCUACCCCAUUCUGCAUGGGAUGAAGUUUGUAAACACAAAACAAAAAGAAAACUUCAUGAGAAUGGCUUAAUUCUAAGCGCCUUUGAGAUAAUGAAAACAUGGGACAACAGGACAGUCAUUGCAGAGAUUCGAGAGGCAUUCCAAAACAAAAUUCCCGAGGAUGUCAGUGUUGAACUGUUGAUGGGAUGUGGCAACAAAUUGGUGUCACCAAAGCUGCGCGAGGGCCAGGAGUUGAAUGGCUUCAUUAUCCAUAAAGUCUUUGAAGCAAAAGCGUUGUACAUACGGCCAGGAAGGGAUCUUCCAUUUCAGUUUGACAGCACAGAUUCAGAUGACUGUGUGGAGAUUAACACCACAGUAGCAUCCAACAACUUCCAAGCUGGAGGCUAUAUGUGUACACGGUCCAGGGGAAACCAAAUUUCAACUCAGCCUCCUGCCACCCCACAUGCUUCCAGUGACACCGCCGCGACAGCUACACUGCUCUCUGCACCACAAGCAUUGGUUGAAAUUGCGACUGAAGCUGAACCACCAGAAGCACCCAGUGGUGAUGCAGGGAGGACUGACCACUAUGCUGCCUACCUGUCCAUCAUGGGUUCAACCUCAGAUCUCUCUUCUGAUGAUGAGGAUCUUAACCAGGCUAUAAUGGCUAGUCUUCAGAGUCAUGCGGUAUCUGAGCAAACAAACACAGAAUCAGCACAAGAAGUCCUCCUCAGUCUUGCAUCUCAAAUUGAUCCCACCCAGAUAUGCAGAUUCAACAUCAACAGGUCCUCAGUGCUGGAUGGUGCUUUUCGGGCGUUCAAGAGGCUAUCCUACAAUCCCAAGUAUCAGAUGAAGAUCAAGUUCUCUGAUGACUUGGGACUGAGUGAAGAGGCUGUGGACCUUGGUGGCCCGAGAAGGGAAUUCUUGCGGUUGCUUAUGGAAGCCCUUGCAGUGUCACCAAUGUUUGAGGGGAGGGCAGGGAGAUUGAACCUAGCAUUGGACAGCACAGCUUUAAGAGAGGAUCGAUAUUUUAUUGCUGGGCAGGCCAUUGCUAUAAGCCUGGUACAUGGCGGUCCUCCACCAGGAUUCUUUACACCAGCGCUGUACUCCCAUCUGGUUGGUGGCAGUUCCACGAUAAAGCCUGUUCUGGAGGACAUUGCUGAUGCAGACCUCUACGAGAAAGUAAAAAAGGUGUCUGAAAGUACAUCUUUUGAGGAUCUGAUGCGUGCCACAGAACCACUGCAAGAUUAUCUGGCAAAUGCUGGGUGUCUCAGGCCAUUAAAAUGCAUUGAAGACAGAGAUCUGUUGGUUCAAGAUAUUGUCAUGUUCCAGGUGGUCCACAGAGUCUCUGGGGCAUUUGAAAGAUUUAAAGAGGGACUGAAAACCCUUGGUGUCCUGGAUGCCAUGAGGACGUACCCGGAGAGUUUUAGACCCUUGCUGUGCCAUCAACCACCUCCACUCACAGCCAAGUCCAUGGAUCAGCUCUUCCAAAUUAGACUGUCUGUUGCAGGAAGCAACAAGAGAAUGGCAGAGGAACGUGUUGUGCCAUUUUGGAGAGAUUACUUGCUGGAUGUUGAGGAGGAGGCCGGAGCCUCAAAGCUAAGCGAUGUCUUAGCCUUUGCAACUGGUGCAAGCAUCGUCCCACCAAUUGGCUUCUCUCCUCAACCAACAAUUGCUUUCCUACAUGACCAGUCCGGAAGCCCAGGACGCUGUUUGCCUAUGGCCAACACAUGCAUCAACUGUCUGAAGCUGCCACUUUGUGACACAUACGCUGAGUUCAAAGACAGUAUGGACUAUGCAUUAGAAAAUACUCAGGGUUUUGGUCGAGAGUAA